UGGCGCUCGCGGCUGCCGUCCGGGAGGGAGGCCGGGCAGGCGGCGGAACGGCGCGGCUCUCAACCUCAGGGGGAAGUGGUCCGAGCGGCCGCGACUGACUGCCCCGGGGUGGACGGACGGACGGACGACGGAGGCGGGAGGUGGGAGCCGAGCCGGGCGCCCGAGGGAGCGAGCGGGUCAGGCUCAGCGUCGGCCACUCUGGUCGGUCCGCUGAAUGAAGUGCCCGCCCCGCUGAGCCCGGAGCCCGGCGCUUUCCCCGCAAGAUGGACGGUUUCGCCGGCAGCCUCGAUCUACUGUCUACCUGAAAUUGAUAUUUUGGAUAUGUUGUGAGAUGACAGUAUUUCUGCUGCCAGUACCUCUGACGUUCAAGAUCGCCUCUCAGCCCUUGAGUUACGAGUUCAACAACAAGAAGAUGAAAUCACUGUACUAAAGGCAGCUUUGGCUGAUGUUUUGAGGCGUCUUGCAAUCUCUGAAGAUCAUGUAGCCUCAGUGAAAAAAUCAGUCCCAAAUAAAGGCCAGCCAGGCCUUCGAGAAGCUAUUUCCAUGUCCUGUAUAACCAAUGGGAGUGGUGCAAACAGAAAACCAAGUCACACCAGCUCUGUCUCAAUCGCAAGAAAAGAAACUCUUUCAUCUGCUGCUAAAAGUGGUACAGAAAAAAAGAAAGAAAAACCACAAGGACAGAGAGAAAAAAAAGAGGAAUCUCACUCUAAUGAUCAAAGUCCACAAAUUCGAGCAUCACCUUCUCCCCAGCCCUCUUCACAGCCUCUACAGAUACACAGACAAACUCAAGAAAGCAAGAAUUCUACUCCCACCAAAAGCAUAAAACGACCAACAGCUGAGAAGUCACAUAAUUCAUGGGAAAAUUCAGACGAUAGCCGUAACAAAUUAUUGAGGGCAGUUUCAACAUCAAAAUUAAUAUCAAAAGUUAUAAAAAAUACAGACAAGCAUAAAGAUGUCAUCAUCAACCAAGCAAAAAUGUCAACCCGUGAAAAAAACAGCCAAGAAGGAGAAUAUGUUAAAAUGUUUAUGCGAGGUCGACCAAUUACAAUGUUCAUUCCUUCUGAUGUUGACAACUAUGAUGACAUCAGAACAGAACUGCCUCCUGAGAAGCUCAAACUGGAGUGGGUAUAUGGUUAUCGAGGAAAGGACUGUCGAGCUAAUGUUUACCUUCUUCCUACUGGGGAAAUUGUUUAUUUCAUAGCAUCAGUAGUAGUACUGUUUAAUUAUGAGGAGAGAACUCAACGACACUACCUGGGUCAUACAGACUGUGUGAAAUGCCUUGCUGUACAUCCUGACAAAAUCAGGAUUGCAACUGGACAGAUAGCUGGAGUGGAUAAGGAUGGAAGGCCCCUGCAACCCCAUGUCAGAGUGUGGGAUUCAGUUACUCUAUCUACACUGCAAAUUAUUGGGCUUGGAACUUUUGAGCGUGGAGUAGGAUGCCUGGGUUUUUCAAAAGCAGAUUCAGGUGUUCAUUUAUGUGUUAUUGAUGACUCCAAUGAGCAUAUGCUUACUGUGUGGGAUUGGCAAAAGAAAUCAAAAGGAGCAGAAAUAAAGACAACAAAUGAAGUUGUUUUGGCUGUGGAAUUCCAUCCAACAGAUGCAAAUAUCAUAAUAACCUGUGGUAAAUCUCAUAUUUUUUUCUGGACCUGGAGUGGCAAUUCACUAACAAAAAAACAGGGAAUUUUUGGGAAAUACGAAAAACCAAAAUUUGUGCAGUGUUUAGCGUUCUUGGGGAGUGGAGAUGUUCUUACUGGAGACUCAGGUGGAGUCAUACUUAUAUGGAGCAAAACUACUGUAGAACCCACACCUGGGAAAGGGCCUAAAGGUGUUUAUCAGAUCCACAAGCAAAUCAAAGCUCACGAUGGCAGUGUGUUCACACUUUGUCAGUUGAGAAAUGGGAUGUUAUUAACUGGAGGCGGAAAAGACAGAAAAAUAAUUCUGUGGGAUCAUGAUCUGAAUCCUGAAAGAGAAAUAGAGGUUCCUGAUCAGUAUGGAACGAUCAGAGCUGUAGCAGAAGGAAAGGCAGAUCAAUUUUUGGUAGGCACAUCACGAAACUUUAUUUUACGGGGAACGUUUAAUGAUGGCUUCCAAAUAGAAGUACAGGGUCAUACAGAUGAGCUCUGGGGUCUUGCCACACAUCCCUUCAAAGAUUUGCUCUUGACUUGUGCUCAGGACAGACAGGUGUGCAUGUGGAACUCAGUGGAACACAGGCUGGAGUGGACCAGGCUCGUAGAUGAACCAGGACACUGUGCAGAUUUUCAUCCAAGUGGCACAGUGGUGGCCAUAGGAACGCACUCAGGCAGGUGGUUUGUUCUGGAUGCAGAAACCAGAGAUCUAGUCUCUAUCCACACAGACGGGAAUGAACAGCUCUCUGUGAUGCGCUACUCAGUAGAUGGCACCUUGCUGGCUGUAGGAUCUCAUGACAACUUUAUUUACCUCUAUGUAGUCUCAGAAAAUGGAAGAAAAUAUAGCAGACAUGGAAAGUGCACUGGACAUUCCAGCUACAUCACACACCUCGACUGGUCCCCAGACAACAAGUAUAUAAUGUCUAACUCGGGAGACUAUGAGAUACUGUACUGGGACAUUCCAAAUGGCUGCAAACUAAUCAGGAAUCGAUCAGAUUGUAAGGACAUCGAUUGGACGACAUAUACCUGUGUGCUAGGCUUUCAAGUCUUUGGUGUCUGGCCAGAAGGAUCCGAUGGGACAGAUAUCAAUGCACUGGUGCGAUCCCACAACAGAAAGGUGAUAGCUGUUGCUGAUGACUUUUGCAAAGUCCAUCUGUUUCAGUAUCCCUGCUCCAAAGCAAAGGCUCCCAGUCACAAGUACAGUGCCCACAGCAGCCAUGUCACCAAUGUCAGUUUUACUCAUAAUGACAGUCACCUGAUUUCAACUGGUGGAAAAGACAUGAGCAUCAUUCAGUGGAAACUUAUGGAAAAGUUAUCUUUGCCUCAAAAUGAGAUUGUAGCAGAUGCUACACUCACCAAAGCCCCCAUCUCUGCCAUUGAGAGUGUCCUGCAGUCUGAUACUCCCACACCACCUCCUUCCCAGCCCUUAAACGAGACAGCUGAAGGAGAAAGUAGGAUAAGCAGUUCUCCCACACUUCUGGAGAACAGCCUGGAACAGACUGUGGAGCCCAGUGAAGACCGCAGUGAGGAGCAGAGUGAGGGGGGCAGUGAAGACCUUGAAACUUUGGAUGAGUUCAGAAGUCUUAAGUAUGCAAGUGUUUACGUGAUUGUGCCAUUCCAAAGUGCAUCAGAACUGUCAUUCCCUUCUACUGUCUUCUCAGGAGUAAUACAAGUCAGGUAUUUCAUCAUCAUUUGGUAAUAUACAAACUCCAGUGAACUCCCAAGGACACUCACAACAUUUGUAUUCACAUGCUGUAUGUAAGGGUGUGGGUAUGUGUGAAGGGGUGAGUGUAGACACUCACUCUGUGUGUGUAUCUCUAUAGAAGAAGAUAUGCACCACAUUGAAAAUACUCAGUGUGUAUCUCUGUGUAUAGAUAUAUGUACGUGUAUAUCUCUUUCCUUUUGUUUACAACUGUUCAAAAAAAAAAAAACCUCAAAGUAGUUCUCUUCAAGAGAAGGGAGAUAGACUCCAAGCAACCCAUCAUUUUUCAGUAUGUUUGUACAUAAUUGUCAGAGAGCAGCAGUAGCAUCAGGCACGUAUAUUUGCCUAUUAGCUGUGGUGACUGAAUCAUCAGGUCAGUAUGUGCUAUAUACCCUGCAAGAAAAAUACUAUGAGAUGAGCAAGUAGUUCCAGGAGAAGAAAAGGCAUUCUGUUAAGUACCUGGGGGAUACCGCUCUCCAUGAAAAGCAGGGAGUUUAUUUGAGGACAUGAGUCACCUUUGGGGUUGCUGUGUACAAUGAAAUUUAUAUUCGUGAUAUCUUGGGUGGUAGUUUCAAAGGACACUACUAAUACGCAGAAAGCGUUCCAGCUCUCUAUUGCUGGCAACUACUGUUUAACAGUCAAAUCUGUGAUAACGGUUGGAAGUGGGUGGGAUUAUGAAAUUGUAGACGUUUUUAGAAAAACUUGUGAAUGAAAAUAAAUCCAAGUGUUUCAUGUGAAGAUGUUGAGCCAUUUCUAUCAUGCAUUCCUGUCUUAUGGCAGAAAAUUUUGAAGAUUAAAAAAUAAAAUAAUCAAAAUGUUUCAUUUGUCUCUC